CUCACUUUUGCCUCCAUGGCAAGACUCUCAGACAGUCUCGAGUCCGAUCUGGCUGGGCAAGAGGUUACCUGUCAUAUAUCUGUGAGCCUCCGUCUUUGCUUGAGUCAAUUUCGUUCUGGAAUCAACUGGAAUCAACUGAGGCAGAAAAUACUUUUCUACUAGUCCAAUCCAAGCGCAGUUGACCUAUACACAGAAACAGAAUGGGCGAUAUCACAGCUCGCAACCGUGAGCAUUUCAAUCAGGUUGCUUCGAGCCACCUGAACGACUGGGCACCUCUCAUACAGACAGUCAUUGAGGAGUUGAGGGAGAGGAGAUCAUGGAUCAGUGGCAAGUUGGGCGACAACAACACGUCCGAGAAGGAUACGGGGCCAGUCAAGCUGCUGGACUACGCCUGUGGCUCUGGGACAGUCUCCAAGGCCCUAGCUCCCUAUGUCGACGAAACAGUAGGCCUCGAUCUGUCUGACAAUAUGGUCGCUGAGUACAACAAAUGGGCGCAAGGACAAGGUUUCUCUCAUGCCAAAGCCCACGCACUCCAGUUCGAUCUCCUCGCCGAGCCGCAGUCCACCGACCCGGCGCUCUCUGACUUCGACGUGGCGGUCGUGUGCAUGGCGCUCCACCACGUCGCUGACCCGGAAGCACUUCUGUGUAGACUAUCCAAGACGUUGCGGCCAGGAGGCGUGUGCGUGGUCUUUGAUAGGGUUCAUUCCGAAGAGAGGCCUGAAUUGCGCGCGGACCUGCCUGAGGAAGCGACCAAAGUCCUGCAAACCAUCCACAAGCACGGGUUCACGGAAGAGGAUAUGCGCAAGUACUUCGAAGCCGCCGGGAUGAGCAAGAACUUUGAGCAUGUGGUCAUCGCGCGGCCGUUCAAGGUGAAGAUGUUCGGCCAGGAGAUGGAGCUGAAGGGCUUCAUAGCACGAGGCGAGGCUGCUUGAACCUAUGGGGUGACGUCUUGAUUUAGCUAGAGCUUGCUACCGAUAGGUACCUUUGCAGGGGCUCUUGACUAGAUUAGGGGGAGCGCUUAGGGGUACCUUUAACUAGCCUUAACUAGGCAUCUAGGUAUGCUGGGGGCGGUUCUACUUUUGGUAAGUUAAAUUAGGGAUGCCCAACCAUGCCAAUUAGGGCGCUCCC